GUCGGAGAAGCGUGAGACAUCCAAGUCUCGGCUUUCGCUUUCCUAAUUGAGAUCGCUUUUGGUUUCGGGGGGUGUUUGCUUCUCCAGCUUUCUCUUCCUCGCCCCUUCCUCACCUCCCGACGACGAAUCCUCCAAGGAUUGGAUGCAUCCAUCCCUAUCACGAUUUCCUUUGUAGACAUCCCUCUCUCGGACGGGAAAAUAAAGGGGAAGAAGUAGGUGCGGGGAGGAGGCGUAGGAGGUGGUGAUUUAGGGUAUGGCGGCGGUGGCCAUCCAUCAGUUCGCGCAGUGCAUCACCUGCCAUGCUUGGAGCCCCGAUCAAUCUAUGGUUGCAUUUUGUCCAAAUAAUCAUGAGGUGCAUAUCUACAAACUUUUUGGUGAAAAGUGGGAAAGGGUACAUGUACUUCAAAAGCAUGAUCAAAUUGUAUCUGGAAUAGAUUGGAGCGUAAGAUCUAACAAAAUUGUCACUGUCUCACAUGAUCGAAAUUCAUAUGUUUGGAAUCAAGAAGCAUCUGAGUGGGUGCCCACCCUUGUUAUUCUCAGGCUUAAUCGUGCUGCCCUCUGUGUUCAAUGGAGUCCUAAAGAGAACAAGUUUGCUGUCGGAAGUGGUGCUAAAACUGUAUGCAUAUGUUACUACGAGAAAGAGAAUAACUGGUGGGUUAGUAAACUUAUCAGGAAAAAACAUAAUUCUUCAGUUACAAGCGUUGCAUGGCAUCCUAACAAUAUUCUUCUUGCAACAACAUCUACUGAUGGCAAGUGUCGGGUUUUUUCCACUUUCAUCAAAGGUGUCGACUCAAGGGAAUCAGGAGCAAGUUCUUCUAGCAAUUUAAAGUUUGGGGAGCAAAUUGCACAACUUGAUCUUUCGUUUACAUGGGCAUUUGGUGUGAGGUGGUCUCCAAGUGGCAAUACCUUGGCUUAUGCAGGUCACAACUCUAUGAUAUACUUCAUUGAAGAUGUGGGUUCGUCUCCUUCAGCACAAAAUGUAGCCUUGCGUGAUUUGCCGCUACGUGAUAUCCUCUUUGUCUCUGAGAAAUUGGUUAUUGGUGUUGGAUUCGACUGCAACCCUAUGGUUUUCACUGCAGAUGAAACAGGACUAUGGAGCUUUGUAAAAUUCUUAGAUGAGAAGAAAAUAGCACCAUCAAGCUCUAAAUAUGGUUCACAGUUCUCUGAAGCCUUUGGCAAGUUGUAUGGUCAGUCAAAACCAGCAAUCAAUUCUGACACAGUUGAAUCAUCACGGCCGCGGGGCGGGGCUCAUGAAAACUGCAUAAGCUGUAUCAUUCCUUUGAGAAAAGCUGGUGAUACCAUCGUGAGACGCUUCAGUACAUCAGGGUUGGAUGGGAAAGUGGUGAUCUGGGAGUUGGAUGGUCAUCAUUGAUACAAAGAUUGUGUAAUAAUACACCAGUUGGAUGGUCAGCAUAUAAAUAUUCCCCAAUAACUCCAAGAUGGUCAUCAUUGAUACAAAGAUUGUGUAAUAAUACACCAGUUGAAAUUUUUUGUUGCACAUCUCCAGAAUCCAUAAUAGCAAGUUCAGAUUGAUUCCAGAGCCAAAUCUGGCUUGGAAGCCUAUCAUGGAAGAAUUUUUCUGACGUAGUGUAUAUUCAGCUGAUCAGAUAUAGAUUUGGUCUGCAAGUAUGUCCAUUUAGCAGGCUGUGUAGAUCAAAAUGGUUGUUAUCGGCCAAGUGGGUUUGCCUUUUUUAUACUGAUCCAAUCAGUUUCACAUCAUAUCGAGUGUAUUCUCAAAUUUAAAUGCGGUGGACGCAGAGGUUAUCUUCUCAUGCCUACAAUGCUUGAUCUAUACUGCUUUGUUAUGUAUCAUGAUUUAUUAGAUAUAUUUUAAGAACUGAGAGAAUUCAUUUGGUAUUCCAUGCUGAAAUUUACAGAAAAUGUUUUGUGUGAGAUUAUCAUCACUGAUUUAAUAUUCUGUGCCCAUUUAA